AUGGUUCGCCAUUAUGCGCAACUCCUGGUCUUAAUCCCAGCGACCACCGCAACACUGCUAUUCUCGCAGCAAACCCUUGAUGGAAACAACAUCCUCAAACACAAUGGCGCAAUGGGACCAUACGUGGACCGCAGCAACUACGGGAUCAAUCGCGACCCUCCGGCAGGCUGUUCAGUUGACCAGGUGAUCAUCAUCAAACGCCAUGGGGAGCGAUACCCUCUCGCAAGCGAAGGGCCAAAGAUAGAAAAGGCGUUGCAAAAGGUCAAGAACGCCGUGUUCGACGAGCCACACGCCGAUGGUGAUCUGAACUUUGUCAAGAACUGGACCUACUUUGUCCCUUCAAGUUGCUACUAUGACAAGGAAACCACCAUUGGACCGUACAACGGUAUUCAGGACGCCUAUAAGCACGGCAUGGAUGCACGCAACCGAUACGGCCACCUCUGGGACGAAGAGACGAUUGUGCCUCUGUUCGCCAGCGACGCCGGCCGCAUCGUGGACACGGCUCGAAUGUUCGGGGAAGGGUUCUUCGGUGAUGACGAGUAUAAGACGAAAGCGGCUAUCAAUAUCAUCUCCGAAUCGGCUCGUCAGGGCGCGAAUGCCCUAUCGCGUACGUGUCAUGCUCGCGACCAGCAUGCGCAGCGCAUAUGCGAUGCAUGGCCGCAGUCGUUGCCCCAGCUUGAGGGUGCGGCGCAGCGGCUCAACGCCCAGUAUCCCGGUCUGGACUUGACGUCCACGGAUAUAUUCUGGUUGAUGACAAUGUCAUCCUAUGAACCCAGCGUCCGUGGACAUUCGGAUUGGACAGGAGUGUUCACCAUGGAUGAAUGGGUCAGCUUUGCGUACAUCUGGGAUCUACACUUUUACUAUUGCGCCGGACCUGGAAAUAACAAGAUGCGUCCAGUUGGCUCCGUGUACGUCAACGCCAGUCUCGCUCUUCUCGAGCAGGGACCUUCGUCCGGCACCCUCUUCUUUAACUUUGCACAUGAUACCGAUAUCACCCCCAUCAUCGACUCACUGGGUAUCCUAAACCCACCCGAAGAUCUCCCAACUGACCGUGUCGCCUUCGGCCAUUCAUGGUCGAGUAGUGAGCUGGUGCCAAUGGGCGGCCAUCUCACCAUGGAGCGACUGAGUUGCAACGCCACGGCCAUCUCGCCUGCGGGAAUAUAUGUCCGAUUAGUCUUGAACGAAGCAGUGGUGCCGUUCCGUGCCUGCCAGUCUGGACCAGGCUAUUCCUGUCUCUUGGAGGAGUAUGCCUCGAUCCUGAGGCAAGAUUUACCGGAUUAUGUCUCGGAGUGCGAGAUCCCAGAGUCGGAUCCUCAGCAUUUGGACUUCUGGUGGGAUUAUAGUACGACAACUAAGGAUAAUUACCGUGAUGAGACGAAGUGUGAUUAG